GUGAACAAACUGAUGAAUGUGUGCAAUUUUCUUGGUACUUAAAAAGUUUAGCAGUUAAGCGAAUUAGCUGAUCUAAGCCAUGGCCAGUGACAAUCAGUACACGUUUGUCCAACUGUGCAAUGCCACCGGGUGCACCCUCAUUUACACUGGUCAAAUCGACUGGCAUGGUGGCAUUGGACCUGCUCCAUACCCACAAAGUAUUGCCAACGGAGAACAGGGUUGGUUUCUUCAUGUCAGAUCUGCUUCACAACCUGGUUCAGAGGGGGCCGUCUGCUAUCGCGGCGUCGAUGUAAAUCGAACCGAGUUUAUUUGGAUUGUGUACUGGAUCAAUCCUUUUAAUUCCCAGAACAAAGUAUUUGCUGUAGUCCUUCCAUCAUCAAGCAAUGUUGAUUGGGAUAGGAUCAGACAAGAAAUUGCUGGAACUGAUAGCACUAAUGGCGAUUUUACUGGAUAUUUCACCCAUGCGUCAAUUGAUAUUGAUGGGAAUUUCCCUACAGCCAAGGCAGUAGUCACCAAAAAUGCCAACAACUAGGCUGCCAGCUGCCUCUACUCAUAUAGUCAUAUAUAUAUGUACACAAUUAAUAUGCAUGCAUGCAUGCAUGCAUAUGUAUGUUGUGUGAUGGUUUCCAUAUAGAAAACAAAUGGUGUGUGGUGUGUGGAAUAAUGCCAUGAUAUAUAUACGGCAACUUUUAUGUUAAUUUUAUCGUAUGUUAAAGCUGUCUGGCUGAUGACAAUCAUAAUUAAUAUGUCUAUGUAAGGUGUGAUGUGGAAUAAUGCCAUUAGAUAUGGCAACUUAAUUUGAUGAUAUGUUAUCGUGUUUCAAACGAAAUAUUAUGAAAUUAUGUUAUAGUUUCGUCUUGAAA